UAUAUAUAAACUUUGUGCACCCUGCUAGAUGUCGGCACAAACAUGGCUGCCCCCGGGUGGAGGCACAUAACCAGGUGGAGGAGAGGCUGCUGGGGCACAGCGGUGUCGGAAACGUUAUGGCCCGUUACCGGCAGGUCUGCGUCCUCCUCCGCGCCCUUCCCCGGCCGGGUCGGCGGAAGCUCGGAGCCCGGGAACGAGGUGAAGCCGUCGACACAGAUCCUCUCCAAAUCACACUUAGGUUUUUCCCUAAUCCGACCCUGUUCCCGGCUGCCCUCCGUCGCUGCUCUUCAGCCUCUCUGUUGCAGGUCGACGCACAGCGACGCCAAACUGGAGGACCCGUUUACUUUGGCGCAGAAAGAUCUGACAACAUUAUAUGACGAUAUCAAGAAGGAGCUGUUCAUCUCCAGGACGGAGCUGAAGUCUCUGUGCGACUACUAUUUCGACGGCAGGGGAAAGGCGAUCCGGCCGAUCAUCGUGGUCCUGAUGGCUCGAGCCCUCAACAUCCACAGCGACCGAUCCGGAGAUCUGCUCCCGGGACAAAAAGCCAUCGCCAUGAUCACUGAGAUGAUCCACACCGCCAGUCUGGUGCACGACGACGUCAUCGACGGAUCGGACGCACGGAGAGGAAAGCGGUCCUUAAAUGAAGUGUGGGGUGAGAAGAAGGCCAUCCUAGCUGGAGACUUCAUCCUGUCUGCGGCCUCCAUGGCGUUGGCUCGCAUCGGUGACAUCACGGUGGUGAAGGUGCUCUCCCAGGUCAUAGAGGACCUGGUGCGAGGCGAAUUCAUGCAGCUGGGCUCCAAAGAGAACGAGAACGAGAGGUUCAAGCACUACCUGGAGAAGACCUUCAAGAAGACGGCGAGUCUGAUUGCAAACAGUUGUAAAGCAGUGUCUAUUCUGGUGAGCUCCGAUCCUGAAGUCCACGAGAUCGCCUACCAGUACGGGAAAAACGUCGGCAUCGCCUUUCAGCUCGUGGACGACGUUCUGGACUUCACGUCAGGAGCCCAACAGCUGGGGAAACCGUCGGCCGCCGACCUGAAACUGGGCUUGGCCACCGGGCCGGUCCUGUUCGCUUGCCAGCAGUUUCCAGAGCUUCAUGCGAUGAUCAUGAGACGCUUCAGCUCCAAAGGAGACGUGGAUCGGGCCUGGCAGUACGUCCUGAAGAGCGACGGCGUCCAGCAAACCUCCUUCUUGGCCCGCCGCUACUGUCAGGAAGCCAUCAGACAGGUCAGCCUGCUCCGGCCGUCCCCGGAGAGGGACGCCCUCAUCCGCCUCACCGAGCUGGUGCUCAGCAGAGACAAGUGAACCUCCACCAAAGCCUUCAAACUGGUGCAGCUACACGGAGAACGGCGCCGCCGCGGGGCUCUCUGAACUCUCAAACACUCCCUGAAGUGGAGGCGGAGCUCCUCUGUCGUGGUCGACGUCUAGAUAUUGUUUUUGUCAAAUUGUGAUUCCAGUUUCUGAACGGAAACGGGGAGAAACAUGAUCAUAUGGUAACGAAGCACUAAAACCUAGUACUGUGUCUGGCCUGUGGAGGCGGAGCUGUGGCGUUCCGAACACGGCGUGGUCAUUCUUCUGUCUGGAUGUGGCGGCGUCAGAGAUCCGUCCAAGUGUCCUGUAACAACCGAGGCCUUCACGUCUGCUCAAUAAAGCGCCUGCUUCCUUUGUACUCCACUGAGCACACGCCGUUCUCGUACAUAGACUUGUUUAUUACAAAAGACUGUACAUGAAUUUGUCAAUCAACAUAUUAUACACACGUAUGACGGCCAGAGAAAGAAAGCAGUUUAGUUCUUCUACAUAAGAACUUUGUGGGGAAAAAAGACAUUAAAUUUUAAGCAUUAAAAAAACCCAAACUAAAUGAGUGAUUCCUGAGUCGACCGCCAUCACGCGGCUGAUGUCACAGCCUGCAGGGUCACGCCCUCCUUGUUGCUAUGACGACACGGAGGAGGUAUUACAGUAGUUUGGUCCACGUGGUUUCAUGUGAGGGCGUCGGGCAGGAAGUGGUUCACAUCACCAGGCUCCCAGGUGGGUUCAAAGGGCAACACCCUUUCACAAUAAGAGUCCAGGUUGUGGAGGCUGUAAAGUUGCUCAUUUAAAAAAGUCCAACUAAUAUUUAAUUACAUUUUACGCCUAGUUCGGUCAGGUUUAUAAGAAAUCAACGUUAAUUGACUGCUUUAAAAACAAAAAUGUAUAUUUAAGCUAUUUGGUGAUUCAUCAUUUACACCUGUUGCACUGAUUUUUUUAACUUUAGUUUACAAAACUAUAAAAAAAAUUGAAAACACUUAAUUACUCCAAUUUGUUAUAUUUGUGGUAAAAUUCUUGCUAAAAAUGUAUUGAUCAACUUUUUUUUUUAGUACAUUGUGAAUAAAUGAGUCCAUCUGGUCAAAUUGCUGCAAAAAA